AUGGCGACACCCUCCAGCACGAGUGCGGGACAGGAGAAAGACGUGCAGAAAGAACAGGCGUACGUCCUCGACACCAAGUACUGCUAUCGACAUAACCCAAGAAUAAGGUGCAACAAAAUGGCCGAUAAACAGCAGCUCACCGAGAUCCAGAAGAAAUUGAGCACGUUCUCAAAGCAGGACCAGCAGACCGUCACCAACGUGUGGUCCUCCUUUGCCAACUCGUCGAGCCAACAGAGGGCGUUGAUUCUCCAGGGCCUAAUUUCUCAGUGUUGCUUCCCGCAGCUUUCUGUCAUCUCGCAUGAGAUCUCCCACUUGCUCAAGAUUGACUUUCUUGAGAUGCUCCCCAGCGAGCUUGCCUUGAAGAUCUUGUGCUACCUCGACUGCCAGAGCUUGUGCAGCGCUGCACAGGUGUCCACCAAGUGGAAGCAGCUCGCAGACGACGACCGUGUCUGGAGAUACAUGUGUGAACAGCACAUCGACCGCAAGUGCCCGCAGUGCGGCUGGGGCCUCCCGUUGAUGGCGGUGAAGAAGUUACAGGAGAAGUCUUCCCGCAAGAGAAGAUUCUCGGAAGCCGAAGAAGAAAUGAAGGCCGUGAAGAACCUUCCUCAGCCUCUAUGGAAAUGCGGCGCAUCGGCACCCAAGAGGCUGAUGAGGAAGAAGAGACCAUGGAAGGCCGUUUAUUCAGAGCGUUACACCGUUGAACGCCAUUGGAGAAAAGGCUUCUAUUCGGUGAAAAAGUUUGAAGGACACACCGAUGGUGUUUUAUGUUGUCAGUACGACAACAACAAGUUGCUCAUGACAGGCUCCUACGAUACAUCAAUCAAGAUCUGGAAUACAGACACGGGUGAGUUGAUCCGUACUUUGACCGGCCAUACUAUGGGUGUAAAGUCUCUCAUAUACGACGAUCAGAAAUUGAUCAGCGGAGGCUUGGAUUGCACCAUCAAAGUCUGGAAUUGGAGAACAGGUGAAUGCAUCUCGUCAUACACAGGCCACAGAGAAGGAGUCAUCAGUGUUGAUUUUUUGGACAAGGUGAUUGUCAGCGGGAGUGCCGACAAGACCAUCAAAGUGUGGCACGUCGACAUCGGAACCUGCUAUACCUUGCGUGGCCAUUCCGACUGGGUCACGUGUGUUAAAAUACAUUCGAAAAGUAGGACCUUGUUCAGUGCAAGUGAUGACUCCACUGUUAGAUUAUGGGAUUUGGAGACAAACAAGUACAUUGGAACCUACGGAGGAGUUGAAAAUGGCGGUCAUACUGCGCAGGUUCAAUGCGUCAUUCCUUUCACUUAUACUGACGACUUGGUAACCGACGUCGCUAACUGUCAAAAGACAUCCAAUGCGGUAAACGACGAAACCGGUGGCUCGAAUAGCGAGGUAGCUGUAUUUGACAGCGAUGAUGAGGAGGAUGACGGUAAUAUCGAAAACAGCAACAACUUUGUCAAAACACGUCGUAACCUCCCCACUCAUCUUCUUACUGCCUCUUUGGACAACACAAUCAAGCUCUGGGAUGUGAAGACAGGAAAGUGCAUCCGUACACAGUUUGGUCACAUCGAAGGCGUCUGGUCCAUUGCGGCUGAUACUUUUAGGAUAGUCAGUGGUGCACACGACAAAAGUAUCAAAAUUUGGGAUUUGCAAAACGGCCAGUGCAUGCAUACUCUUGCCAACGCAAGCUCAGUUUCCUGCGUCGGGUUGGGAGACUCACGCAUAGUCUGCGGUUUGGAGAACGGUGAAGUGAAGAUGUAUUGUUUCGAUUGCAACGAAAGGUAA